UGUUAUCCGGUUUGUACUGGUUUACUUAUAAGAAACGACAGUGGAUCAUCAUAAUCCCCCACCGUCUCCGUCUCCGCUUUUUGAAACCCUAAUGUUGGCGGAAUAACGCUGAACUUUUCUCUGCGAAUGGAUUUAGAACGACGUCCAUGCUUGAGAAAUGGAGACAUGAUCAGUGAGCUUCCGGAUGCUCUGCUCCUGCAGAUACUGUCUCUCAUUCCGACAAAAGAUGCCGUAGCCACUAGUGUCUUGUCUAAACGAUGGCGGUCUCUUUGUAAGAUGAUGCCGAGUCUCACGUUCUGUUCCAGUGGCUACGAUCUAGAGAGGUUUUCAGAUAACGUCUGCAGGUUUAUGCUUUCGCAUCAGGCUCCGUUUCUUCAGAGUUUACAUCUCGAGAUGGAUUUUGAAAAGGAUUCCACUAGGGAUAUCGGAGUACUGCUUGGGAUUGCGUUUGGACGCAAUGUGCGUGAGUUGGGGCUCGAAGUUUACUCUGAUGAGCCGUAUAGGUUUCCUACAAGCUUGUUAAACUGCGGGACACUUGAGACCUUGAAACUCGGUCCUCGUGUCCUUUUAGAAGUCCCGUUUCCGGUUUGUCUCGAGGCCCUUCGAACUCUAAGCCUUUUUGAUAUGACCUACAAGGACGAGGGGUCUAUUAUUAACCUUUUAUCUGGCUGUUCUAGUCUUGAAAAUCUGGAGGUUAUGAUGUAUUCACCUUAUAAGGUGAAGACUUUCACUGUUGUUGUGCCAUCCUUGCAGAGUCUAACACUUAUUUCUGACAAUGAAGAUUUCAUGGAUUAUGUGGUAUAUGUGAUCAAUGCUCCUCAUUUGAAAUAUCUAACCCUUCAAGGGUUAACAGAAGAUGACUCUUGUGUGAUUGAGAAUACUCCUGAGCUGGUGGAGGCGAAUAUUAUUGAUGUGCCCGGUGUUAUCUAUGAGAAAAUUCUUGGAUCUCUCACUUCAGUCAAAAGCCUUUCUCUGAAGAUUACAUCACCCUUGAAGCUGAGUAAGUUUGAUAGAAUCUUCAACCAGCUGGUGUGUUUGGAGAUACAUACAUAUGAACCAGAGUGGUGGAAUCUAUUGAUGCUCAUGCUCCAUAGCUCUCCGAAUUUGCAAGUCCUCAAGCUCUUUAGUGAAUGGUUUAGGAACCCAUAUCGUCUCACCUAUAAGAGAUGGAGUCAACCGAUAUAUGUUGCUGAAUGUUUGGUGAACCGUCUGGAGACAUUAGUUUGGAAAAAUUACGAAGGGGAAAUAGAAGAUGAUAGAGAGGUGGCUCAAUACAUGCUAAGGAAUGCAAGUCGUUUGAAAACGGCAACCUUCUCCAAAUUUGACAUUCAACCGGAGAAGAGACUUGGAUGGUUAAAGGAUCUGGAGAGUGUGGUCAGGGCUUCCAACGCAUGCCGGGUUGUGUUCAAAUAAACUGAUCUAAGUCCUUCAAACUGACUACAUUAUUCCGUUUAUAAGGGUAUUUGUAUUGUUUUUCAGAUGUUGAUUUAUGUAUAUGUUUAAUAUUUUUUACUGCUUUUAAAAUAAAUCAUCAUAUUUAUGUAAAACUAAAUAAAUACAGAAAAUCUAAAAUAUGAAAAUCAAACCGGGUUACGUGAA